AUGAGCGGACGAGAUCGUUUAGCCGACUUCCAGGGCCAGUCCAACAACAACCAAGGCUAUGGCCAACAGCAGCAGUACGGUCAACAGCCUUACGGCCAGCAGCAAUAUCAACCCCAGCAACAGUAUGGACAGCAGCAGUACGGGCAACAACAAUAUGGCCAACAACAAUAUGGCGGUCAGCAGCAGCAGAACCAGUACAACAACCAGCAGCAAUUUGCUCAGCAGACCCAGUUCCAACAGCCUCAGCCUCAGCCUCAGCAAUUCCCUCCUCCAGUCAGAAUCGAGAUGAGCAACGUCUCGGCCACUUCCUCCGAUGACAUGAAUGCCUUCUUUGCAGAGGUCACCGCAAUCAACGAGGACAUCGCCAAGCUGGAGCAGAACAUUACUCAGGUCGAAGAGUUGCACGACAUUUCUCUUAAUAGCGUGUCUAGCGAGGACCAGGCCGCCCGCACCAAUCGUCAAUUGGAGGGUAUCACCACCGACACCACCCAGCUCUCCAACAGGAUCAAGAGAAGAAUCAAGGAUAUCGAGCUUGCCAACCUUCGUUUGGCCAAGUCUCCCAACAUUCAGAUUCGAAGCACUCAGGCCAAGUCGUUGAAGGAUAAGUUCUUGAAGACCCUUCGCCGCUACCAGAGCUCCGAGAGUGAAGCCAGAAAGAAGUACCAAGGACGCAUGGAGAGACAAUACAAAAUUGUCAAGCCUGACGCGACUCCUGCUGAAAUUGCCCAGGCUACAGAGUCUGACAAUCCCCAGAUCUUUGCCCAGUCGGUUCUUCAAAGCACACGCUAUGGCGAUGCCAACCGCGCUCUUCGCGAAGUCCAGUCUCGCCACGACGAUAUCAAGAAGAUUGAAAAGACGAUUGUGGAAUUGAACCAGUUGUUUAUUGAUAUGGAAACGCUUGUAACUGAGCAAGCAGAGGUGAUGAACACGAUUGAGGAGAACACUCAGCAGACUGAUACUCAACUGGAGUCUGGAAACAAGGAGGUCGACGUUGCGAUUACCAAUGCCAUCGGAGCGCGUAAAAAGAAGUGGAUCUGCUUCUUUAUCUCGCUCAUCCUUCUCAUCAUCAUCGUUAUCAUCGUUCUCAAGACCACUGGUAUCAUCUAA